CAUUUUAUUCGAUAUGUGGAACUUAUAUAUUUUUCAAAAAAUUGCAGUGUUAAUCUCGUGCGGUAUGUGUGAUUUUCCAGUUUGUUUACUGAAGGUCGCCUUUGUUGGAUUGCCGAACCAUUAUUUAGGGGACAUAUAUUUGUUCCUUUUGGGUGAAAAGUUACUGUUUCUUCAAAGAUGACUCUAAUCAUCCAAUAUUGCAUUGAUUAUCUGUAUUGCUGCAGAUGCUUUAAAAAAUGAUGAUGCGGAUGACCUGUUAUUUUGUUGUUGAGAAUAUACGUUUGAGAAGAACAGAAUGGACUAGUUCUACAGCCCAGUAAGAAUGGGCUUUCUACGCGGCCCAAAAGGGACCCUAGCACGAAAUGGCCAUGACAUAACCAAGCCCAAUAGACAGAGAGGCCUCUUCCCCUCAAAAAAAAAAAAAGACAGAGAAGCCUCUUCCCCCGGUCUCUGCUUCCGCCGCUCCAUCGCCAUCAGUCCCGACAAGCCGGAGAGUGCCUCAUUCUCUGCCGCGUCACUGCUUCAGCCCAAGCGCGGGCCGGCGACUGUCUUUCCGAUGCAAUGCCUGCAGCGACCAUGGAGGGCCACCGCGCCCCACGCUGCUGUGUCGGCAGCACUCAGGCUGUUCGGCGGAAUGCCGACCCAGGCCAAUUCGAGGGUGGCUCUGCUGCGUGCUGCAAAUGCAAGGACGUCCGUGGUCUCUGCACCGCGCGAAUCGUUCCACGUGGAUAGUACAUGGAAAGAUUAUUCUGAGAAGGCCAUAUAUUCUUCAAAAAGUUGCAGUCAUGGUCUCCUGCAGUGUGUGCGGUUUACAAAUUGUCUACUGCAGGAAAAGAGAUGCUUUCAGGAAAAUAAAGAGUCACUGAAGAUAUUUGCAACGAUCCGAUGGGCGAAAUAAGUACACGGCAAUCAUGGCGAAAGGCGCAUCAGGUCGAGAGCGAUCAUCGGCUCAGCCAGUGUGUACACAAGGCCAAGUGGAGGGCAAGAAGGAGUGCAACCUUCUUCUAAGCUUAAUGGACGUGGUGGGUGGGUGACCUUGUGAUCUGUGUGCGCUCUUCCAUCUCUCUGACCCGAGGCGUUUACUUCUCCUUAGCACGCGGGCUUUGUCUGAUGGAUACGUUUGCUGCCGUUUUCUGUUAUCCUGGCUCCACUGGCGCACUAUUGUGGACCAUGGACCGUGACCUCUUUUUGGUUAUCAUCUGAAACUCUGAAUCUGGAAGGGGUUCUGGUAAAACUGGGUAGCGUGUGAGUUCUGGCAGUUGGCAGAACGAUUUGUUCAUUUCUUGCUGGACUUCCGAUGCUUGUGUGUAUGUGUAUUCAGAACGGAACCAGCUAGCUGGUACCACUUGAGCUGAAUAAUUGCUGCUAAUGAUCAAAAGUCAGUUUGUGUAUAGUAUUAUUUUUGCUUUUGAA